UGUCGCCGCGCUUAUCAUUAUUAUAAUCACGUUUUUGUGUCUAUAUAUGUGGAAUCAAAGAUGGAAGAGAGAGCAACAGAAGAUGGAGGCCAUGAGUGCUGCCAGCGGUCACACAUUUAGUUAUGUUAACAAACAGGCGGCCACUGCUUAUCGAUUGACAAUUGAUGACCGGAUGAGAUGGGCUCAGAUCGCAGAAGCCAUGGCUUCAAAUCCCACUCAAAGAUGGAAGAGAGAGCAACAGAAGAUGGAGGCCAUGAGUGCUGCCAGCGGUCACACAUUUAGUUAUGUCAACAAACAGGCGGCCACUGCUUAUCGAUUGACAAUUGAUGACCGGAUGAGAUGGGCUCAGAUCGCAGAAGCCAUGGCUUCAAAUCCCACAUAUUCUACCAACUAUUAUGUCAACCCUGAGCAAAUGUCUAGUCAUAGUCAGCAUCAUCUGAACCACGUUUACGCCACACCUAAUCGGGUCUCUUCUUCGGGAACACUGCUUAACGACGAUCUCUGCGCCUAUGAGUCGCGACAAUACGGUCGUUCACUUCGGCCCAAAUCUCGGGCCACGUCUACAACUCAUGGAUAUUCUGGGAAAAAUACGGGAAAUGAUAGCAUCUAUAAUGAAACAGAAUUCUCAACGCGUGAAAUGAUAUACUCGCCGACACAUCUGAUCCCCGCCCCCGCCCCCCGAUCACAGUUCUCCUAUUCAUAA